GAUGAUGAUUACAUGCACGGCCAGUCACUUUCUGAUUAAUAAUUCCAUCAUGUAUUGACAGGCGAUGUUUCCUGACACUGCAGCUGACUCCCUCCUUUCUGCGUCGAUUGUGCCCAACAAUGACGGAUGAAAAGCGUGUCAAGUGCCUCAUCGUCGGCGCCGGGCCAGUGGGAGCUCUUGCCGCGCUGUAUGCAGCAAAGCGAGGAUGGGACGUGGAGGUAUAUGAGUUGCGAGGCGACCUCCGAAAUGCAUCGACUACGCCACUCAACUUCACCCGCUCCAUCAAUCUGGCCCUUUCAGAACGAGGCAUCAAUGCCCUCCGUUACUCCGGCUCAGACAGUCUGCUGGAUGCCGUAGUAGCAGACACCAUCCCCAUGUACGGCCGCAUGAUUCACAGCCAGGAUUCCCGAGGAGCCUUGACAGAGACUGCGCAACCGUACGAUGUGCAUGGCCAAUUUCAACGAGCCAUCGAUCGCGCAAAUCUGAACAAAACUUUCCUCUCGGAGCUUGAGAAGCUGCCCAAUGUCAAAGUGCUGUUCCAUCACAAACUCACCGGCGCCGACUUCCGACUACACAAGGCGUGGUUUGAACGUCGACUCCCUUCUGACGGCGACAAGCGGCCUGGUGAGAUUGAGGUCGAUUUCGAUGUCAUUUUCGGUUGCGAUGGCGCACACAGCAGCGUCCGAUACCACAUGAUGAAGUAUGCCCGCAUGAACUACGAACAGACGUACAUCGAUACGCUAUGGUGCGAAUUCAACAUUCCCGCCGUCUCCUCCACCCACACCAUCAGCACCACUCCCUCCGCUCGAGAUGGCUUCGCAACAAGUCCAAACCACCUCCACAUCUGGCCCGGACGAGACUCCAUGUUCAUCGCCAUCCCUUCCACAGACUCCUCCUUUACAUGUACAUUAUUCGCGCCCGCAGCGACCUUUGCCAAAUUAGAGCAACGGCCUCACGACAUCGAGCCCUUCUUCCAAGCCCACUUCCCCGGCGCCGCAGAUCUCAUCGGGCCUGGCAGCAUCACGGAGCAAUUCACAAAGGCCCCACACCUCCCUCUCAUCAGCAUCAAAUGCUCGCCUCACCACUACACGUCCACAGGCAUCAUCCUCGGCGACGCAGCUCACGCAAUGGUCCCCUUCUACGGCCAAGGAAUGAACGCCGGCCUCGAGGAUGUCCGUGUCUUGUUUCAACACCUUGAUCGCCACGCCUCCACGCCGUCCGGUCGCGCUGCAGCUCUGGAUGCGUACAACGCAGAACGUGUGGCGGAUGCGCACGCCAUCAACGACCUGGCGUACGGCAAUUACUGGGAGAUGCAUGCUGGAGUGCAGUCCACACCGUACCUGGUGCGGAAGAAGCUUGAGGAGUUUCUAUCGGACAAGCUGCCCGCUUUGGGCUUCGCUACGCAGUAUCGCCGGGUCUCAUUUACUAACCAGAGGUACUCGGAGGUGGUCGAGGCCGUCGCGGCGCAGCGCAAGGUGCUCGUGAGUGGACUAUGGAGCUCCGUUGCGGUAGCCGGGAUUGCGUGGGCGGUGUGGUUGAGCCGGCCGGGUGGGUUGUUUGCGCGGAACAGGAUCAACGUGUUUUCUGAGCUUCGUGGUGUGGCUCACAACAUUGCUGAUGCUGUUCGUGGGAUAUUGCGGUGAAGCACAAAUGGUAUCUCACUGCCAGCGAGACUUCAGAAAUCCGGGCGUUUGUGGCUUCCAGCGGAGCGAAUAAGGCUCCCAGUCGAAGCCUAGCUAGGUACAAACCUGCUUCACACGCCAAAACACGAACAAUAUUGUGCAGAUGCGCGUAGAAGAGGAUCUGAGGUCGUUUCAUUGGCUACCCCGAGUGAUCAUCUACACGAAUGGUCUCGUGUUGUGACCGUGAUGGUCAAAGCGGCGAAUCUUGCUCAAAUCAACCGCAGGCUUCCAAGACCUUCAUUUCCUUUUGACAUAAUUAAUCGACCC